AUGUCAACACCUGUGCAUGGGAUACCUCAGCCGACAUGUCCCAACAUUCAGGUUACGGCCAACACCCCAGGACGUCCCCCGCCUCCACAUGUAGGAGGUUGUUCGUCCGAAAACGAGGUGUUUGCCUCUGAAAACCCACCAGAGCCACAGAAGAGGGCAUCAAACAUAUCGGAUGGGGAGGAAAUCUGUCCACCACCGACCAGGAGAGAGGAGAAUUACAGAUUGGAGGAUGACCUUGAGUUGUUACGAGCUGAGAGGGUUGUGAGUCGUGCUUCAGAGCACACUGGUGAUUUGUCGAGAUCGAAAAGUGGUAGACACAGGUCGAGGCCUAGGACACCAGAACCGGUGGACGACUUUGAUAUUAACACAAACCCAGCCCACGAUGGCGGCAAGGGUGUCUGGAGACCACCUGAGAGACCGGCUACGAGGUUUGGAAAAGUCCUGAAAGCGGUCCAUGGGUCCUCCGUUCUAGUGCGAUAUUUUACGUACAUUGUUCCCUUAGUGCUGAUCUUGUUAAUACCUCUGCUCCUUGGAGCUCUGGUAUUCAGGGAAGCUACUGUUGGGGAUGUCUAUCUAAUGUGGUUUAUGGUGUGGUUGGAGAUAGUCUGGUUAUCCUUGUGGGCGGGGCGGAUCUUGGCCAAAUGCGUCCCUUAUGUCAUGGACAUCAUCUCAGGUGCAUUCACAAACAACAGUAGGAAGUGGAAAGACAUGGGAUGCAUGUUGGAAGUCCCUGCCACACUCUUCUUUUGGUGGCUAGCAGUCUACGUUUCUUUCCUACCUACCAUGACAAAUCACCACAACGAUGGAGAUAACCGCACUCGCUACUGGGAGAGUAGAGCUAGCAUCGUCCUCUUAGCACUUUUCAUUGCGAUGAUUCUGAAUCUGUUUGAGAAAAUUAUCAUCCAGCUCAUUGCCAUCUCUUUCCAUCAGAGAACCUAUGAAGACCGGAUCGACUUAAACAAGUUUCAAAUUUCCAGUCUUGCGAAGCUCUAUGCGCACUCAAAGGAAGUAGCCGGGGGGCGUGAUUUGGACGAGAAGCAGGGGUCGGGAUUGACCUCAGGCGCCAAAACACCACUGGUCGUGUUUCAACAUGCAAAGGCUGGCGCCCAUUCCGCCUUCACCAAAGUUGGUGAUGUGAUGGGAAAGGUUGCAGGUGACUUCACAGGGAGACAGGUUUCUUCGAGUACUUCUCCUCAACAAGUGGUACUUACACUUCUGUAUACCACAGAAGGAAGCCAAGCGCUGGCUCGCCGGCUAUUCCGAACGCUCGUACGUGAAGGGACAGAGGUUGUGUCUGCUGAAGACCUUAGGCAUGUAUUCACUAGUGAGGAAGAAGCCGAGGCAGCAUUCCAAAUGUUCGAUCGAGAUCUUAACGGAGAUAUCUCGUGCGAAGAGAUGGAGAUUGCAUGUGUAGAGAUUGGGCGAGAGCGGAAAGCAAUCACAGCAAGCUUGAAGGAUCUAGAUAGUGUCGUCAGCAAGCUUGAUGAUGUCUUCACGUUUCUCGUGACAGUCGCUGUUAUUCUUAUUUUCUUAUCCCUGAUAUCGAAGUCCACUGCUGGUGUUCUGACUUCGGCGUCAAGUUCUGUGCUUGCCCUUUCGUGGCUGUUCUCUGCUACGGCGCAAGAAUUUCUGGCCUCGAUUAUAUUCGUUUUCGUGAAGCAUCCAUUUGAUGUCGGUGACCGAGUGGAUGUCUAUAAUACUGGCGCGGGAACCGUGGAUACUUUCUUCGUCAAAGAAAUUGCCCUUAUGUAUACUGAAUUCAAGAAGUUGGAAGGGCAUGUUGUGCAAGCCCCAAACUCCUUGUUGAACACGCUUUUCAUUCUAAACAUGAGGCGCUCGGGCGCGCUGGCGGAGGCUAUUCCAAUUGUCUGCAAAUUUGGCACUUCUCUUGAACAGAUCGAAGAACUCCAGGAAAGGUUAUUGGCCUUUGUCAAGUUUGAGAAUCGGGAGUACCAAGGAAAGGUUAUUACUGAAUUGAGUAGGGAUGUCCCGGAUAUGCACUCUGUCAAACUUAACGUUGUUUUCUUCUACAAAUCAAACUGGCAAAACGAGCUCGUCCGACUCCAACGGCGUAACAAAUUUAUGUGCGCUCUAAUGGUCAGCGCCGCAGACCUCGGCAUCGAAUCGCCAAACAUGCGCUGGCCCGGUCAAAAGCAGACAUCUCCAGUCUUCUUACAAUCGGUCAACGCGGACCAAAUCCAACAAUCCGUCCUGGAUCGAGAUGGAGGCCCGAGCGGGAAGGGUGGUGAGUACAGGACCUUUGCCCCACCGGCCGAGCCCCAUGGAAUCCUAAGAUCCGAGUCUCGAGCCGGCCUGGGCAGGAGUGCCUCCCGGGGCUCCACCAAAAAGGUGGAUUUCAGUCUUGGAGUGAAGGAUAUAGCUCCAAGUGACGACUCGGGAGAUGUGUUCGAGGAUAAUCGUCGGAAUAUCCCUGCUAUCCAACUGAUGCGGGUUUUGGAAGAGGAGGAGGGGCAGGAGAGGCGGGAUGCGCUUUCCAGGACUACUUCCAGGGACAGCAGUAUUGAUAGGAACCCUGGGAUGGGUGGAGCUGUGAACAGGCGCAGAUCCGGGAGUGGCAGUAUAGCCUCCUACGGGAAUAGGUUUUUUGGUGGGAGGAGUCGGAACAGUAUUGACUUGGAGGGCGGGGAGGGGCCCUCGUCGCCGGUGAGAUGGACCUCUAGGGGUGGGUCUGCUAGGGAUAGUAUCGAGAUGGGGCGAAUGUAA